AUGGCGCCGUGCGGGCUGCCUCGUCCGUGCGUGCUGGCGGCGGCGGCGUCCCUGGCGGUGGCGCUGGGGCUGUACUACGCGGGGGGGGGCCCCUCCCCUCCUCCCCCCCCCUCUCCCCCGGUGCACGUGGGCUGCGUGCUGGCGCGGGCGGAGGGGCGCGCGGGGGGGCUGGUGGGGCGGGCGGGGGCGGCGCUGCGCUCCCUGGCCCGGAAGGGGGCCCCGCCCCCGGGCCCCGCCCUCGUGCUCCACCUCCUCACCGACGCCCCCAGCAGGGAGGUCGCCGCCCGCCUCGCCCGGGAAGCCCUCCGCGGAGCCCCCUUCCCGCACCAGUGUGCAGUGUUGCCCCCUCCCCUUCCUCCAUUGCCAUGGCCUCUCUCUUUUUCUUCCCCCCCCCCCCCCACCCCCAUGCGCAGGCACCUCUUCUGGCAGUUCCGGAAGGAGAACCCAGGGACGCGAGUGGGGGACCCACCCCCAGAGGGUCUUCCAGGCUUCAACAGUGGGGUGCUGCUGCUGGACUUGGCGGCCAUGCGCGGCUCGGGGCUGUACAACAGCCUGCUGGAGGAGGGCGCCCUGCGUGCGCUGGCCCAGCGGUAUCACUUCCGGGGCCACCUGGGCGACCAGGACUUCUUCACGCUGGCCGGCAUGGAGCACCCGGCCCUCUUCCACCGCCUGCCCUGCGCCUGGAACCGGCAGCUCUGCACCUGGUGGCGCCUCCACGGCUACGAGGGCGUCUUUGAGCAAUACUUCCGCUGCGACCAGGGGCCCGUCAAGCUCUACCACGGCAACUGCAACACCCCCAUCCCCCAGGAGGGAGGUUGAGUGGCCCUGGGGGACAAGCGGGGGGGGGGGAGGCGUAGGCAUGGGGUCCGGACAGAGUGCGCCCCUCCCUCUGGACACUGGGGAGGUGCAAGACAAUGGGCCGGCCAGAGGGCCAAGCGCUUCCCCUCUCCGUCCGGCUGUCCAGUUAUCGCUGGACGUCACUCCACCAGGAAGCAGCCGCUUCCUCUGAGGAAUCCUGGCACAGAGAGAGAGAGAGAGAGUGGGAU